AUCAAGAUUGUGUUCCAUAAUUUGAGGAAGUUUCACAAAAGAUGGACAAACAAUCUUCUAAAAGAAUAAUGAUUACUAAAGAAGAAGGUAGGAGCAUACGCGGCGAUGAAAUAUUUCCUGAUGGAUAUCCCAUCACAAUUGGUGAAGAUUCAGACUCGAACUCUCAAGAAAUCACUGCAACUGAGAGACAAUGGCUACAUUCACUGGAGAAGAGCAGAGAUUACCUUGACUCAUUGCAGAAACCAAAAAUUCAAAUGGUCCCAAAAAUGAAUCGCGAGAUUGAAUCAAACGUAAGGUGCUAUGAGCCCCUUGUUGUUUCUAUAGGUCCAUUUCACUAUGGAAAACCAGAACUUCAACUUAUGGAGAAGCACAAGAAGCUACUAGCAAUUCAGUUUGCUGAUGAUCAAGAAGGACGUGAAGGGGUCUUACCAUGGCGUCCGACAAAUUCAGUGUCCCUUGAUGAGCUUUACAAAAAGGUCAAGAACAUUAUGCCUAAUGUCAAGGAGUGUUAUGCAGAGGACUCGGUCAAAGAUUACAACGACGAGGAGUUUGCACAGAUGAUGUUCCUGGAUGGAAUCUUCAUCCUUCAAUACCUUCACUGCAUUGUUUCAGGCAAUUAUAAAGAGCUCAAAAUGAAGAGCCAUGAUAUUGCUUUCAUUCGUCGUGAUCUUUUCUUACUUGAAAAUCAGUUGCCAUUUGAAGUCCUGGAUGUGUUAAUGAGAUGUAAGUUCAAGAAUAAUGUAGGAAUGGAGAUGAUAAAAACGUUCAUCUCGAGUGCACAUACAAAACCUCCUCAACAUGAAGGAUGCAUUCAAUGUAUCAAGAAUUUCUUUGCUGAUCUAAAUCCUGAAAUCUAUACAUGUACUCAAAAAGCUAUGAACUUUCUUGGCAAGAUUUGCUGCGGAGAAAGUUGUUCCCUUACUAAAGAAGAAAGCAUGAAAAAUCGCCUUCCUGCUCAUCUCCUCGAGCUAUUAAAAACAAAUCUCAUAAACCCAAAGGCUUUCUCAGAAGGUGGAUGCUAUCUAAGGGGUGAGUGGUGCUCGUAUCGUUCAGCUAUGGAGCUACGGAGAGCAGGAAUCCGUUUCAGGCCUGGAAAGAGUCGUCUUCUUUCGGAGGUUAAGUUCACUUCAUUUCAUUGCUCAGCUCUUUUAACACUUCCACCUAUAACCAUAGAUGAUUCAACCAAGUCAGAGUUUUUAAACUUAGUCGCGUAUGAAGCAUGUCCUGAUACACCAGAUGACUUUGGAAUUACUUCUUAUGUUAGUUUCAUGGAUUCACUUAUCGAUCACGCUGAAGAUGUGAAGGAGCUGAGAUCAAAAGGUAUACUACUUAACUUUCUUGGAAGUGAUCAAGAAGUGGCAGAUUUGUUCAAUGAGUUAGCAAGAGAUUUGGUGCCUAAUCCACAUGCCUUUGUUGAUGUGAAAGACAAAAUUGAGAAACAUUACAAUAGCAAAGGGAAAAUAUGGAUUGCUGAAUGGAAGAACACUCAUUUUAGUACUCCAUGGACUCUUUUUGCAUUCAUUGCAGCACUUUUUGUCAUUGGUUUGCAAUUCACUGAUACAUUUCUAGCAGGCAUACAGACCUAUUAUGCAGUCCAUCCAAAAGACAACAACUAAUGAUAGGAUUCAAAACUUCCCCUGCAGGAAUUCUUGAAAGUCAUGUUUGUUAAUUCACCAUUUAUUUUUUGUACCUUGUUGCUAUGAGAGUGAUUGAUCUUUGUACUCUUGUUUAUGCAUACAAAACUAGUAAUAAUUUGUUUUGUUUUUUUAUGUUUUACUUGUGUGUAAAUUUACUACUUUGAAUCACAUGAAUGGUAUUGAAUCACAUGAAUAGUAUUGUCUUUUAAGCACUUCAA